AUGCUGACUUCUGCUCUGUUUGGCACACUAAUAGCCAUCGCCUCGAGUUCCCUCCCCAAGGGUCUCGUCAUCGGCCCGGAUGCCUCCGGCCGGUCCUUCUCGGCAAGACUGGGAGUCCGGUACGCUCCGCAACCCGUCCGGUUUCAGAAAGCAACGAUGGCGACAAAUUGGAGAGAAUCGACGAUGGACCAACGGCCGCAGGAGUGUGAACAAAUGGACUUCUACAAAAAGCACAACAUGAGCGAGGACUGCCUUUUCAUGAACAUCUACGGACCGACGGACCCCGAAGCCCUCCCCGAAAAGCUGCCCGUUCUCGUGUACAUCCACGGCGGCGCCUACAAAUUCGGCACCAGCAACGAGUUCAAGCCAAAGGACAUGACGAACCUGGCGAUGGCCGGCUUCGUUGUGGUCGCGUUCCAGUAUCGGCUUAGCGCGCUUGGCUUCCUCGCGUUGAACGGUACCUCGACGCCAAACCUCGGCCUCCACGACUCUCACCUGGCCCUCGAAUUCAUCCACAAGAACAUUGGAUUCUUCGGCGGCAAUGCCCAAAACGUGACGCUGAUCGGACAAUCUGCUGGAGCCUGCACCGCCCACGCCCUAGCCAUUUCACCAGCCACCAACCAUGCCCUCUUCAAGCGUGUCGUCCUGAUGUCGGCCGUUGUUGAUGUGUGCUUUGAGGGGACUUUCGGCGGACCUUCCAAUACUGUACCGGCCAUGGAUACCUGGAAAUCUGGAGUCUGCGCUCCGGCCACAACUGAUGCCGAGCUGAAAGAAUGCCUGAUGAAGGCGCCGGCAAGCGAAAUUAUUGGAGCGGACAUGUACCUCUACAAAAAUUGGCAACUCGUCGUCGAUGGAUACUUUUUCCCGCGGCACCCCGCCCAAAUGGAACGCAGCAGCCGUGGACACGACAUUCUGAUCGGCGUCACCACUGACGAAUGGGCUUUUUUCGAAAAUUUGUUCACAGCCACCAUUGCGGGGUUGACGUGGGACGAAGCCUACUUCAAGCGCCAGCUUGGGAUCUGGGCCGGGCUUAGCGAAGCGAAGGAUAUGGACCUAAUGGUCGAUUUCUACUUGGAUGGGAAGAAGGAUGACAAUUCGAGCAUGCAUUGGUACGAGAGGACUGUGCAGGCGCUCACCGACCUGAUUUUCCAUCUGCCAACCGUCACCGAAGUGUCACGAAUCCUGGCCGCCGACAAGCCCCCAGCCAUCCAAAUCUAUACCUUUGAUGUGCGAAACCCGAUCAAAUCCGGCAACGAUAACUUCCACUCACAACACGGUGACGAACUCCACUACCUGUUCGGCAACCAGACCCAAGUAUUGCCACAGUUCCGUGACGUCGUGCUCGGAUUCGCGAAGGAAGGAAAAUUCCCAGCCGAAACCACGCAUCGCCACCACCUUCGCGGAAGCCUCGUGAUCAAGGGCGAGCUCCCAUACACGGCAUAUCAGCCUCAUUUCUGCCCACGAGCCGAGAAGCUGAAGAAAAUCCUUCUCCGAAGACAAAGGAUCCCGACUUCCGUUUUCGACAAUUUGAUU